GCUGAUUUGAAGCCAGAAUAUUUGUACAGAUUGUGCCAUCUCGUUUCGAAAGGACUCUUGAACCGUGAUUGCCAACACAACAUCACAGUUCAAUCAUAACACUUCUGUCAAGAAGUAGUGUAGCACAGAAUACAAAAGUAUUAUGAUGAACUGUGAUGUUGUGUUGGCAAUCACGGUUCAAGAGUCCUUUGCACACGAGAAGAAACAUCCUCGAUGUGCGACUCCUUUCAUCGGAGGCUGCGGGCGGCAUGCGGCGGAUCUUGCGGAUCAUGCGGGGGGCGAAAACAGAGCGGUAGACGGCCGACCGUUGGCGAGCAACGGUCACCGCAUGUGCACUGUCGCCCAAGCCGCCUGUCUUCUGGACCAAGAAGAUAUAACCCCGAGCUCAACUGACAAUUCGACUUCAAUCGACUCCAGCCUUUUUAUUCCUUCUGCGUUCUGAACUAACAAGAUGAGUCCCCUCCUAGCACCACUGAAGACCAACACGGCAAGACGUGUGCUAAACAGCUUCCCAUGGAUGACUGCGCCGUUCAUUGUUGCUGCACCUAUGCGUGUCAUGUCUGGCCCAGAGCUUGCCCUCGCCGUCUCCCGGGCAGGCGGGCUAGGGUUUAUUGGCCCAGGCGCGAAGCCAGACGAUACUAUCACCGAUCUAGCCAUGGCGCGGAGGUUAAUGAAUGCCGCAACAACCGCCACAUUCAACUCAUCAAUGUUCGACACUGUUCUACCAGUCGGAGUGGGAUUCCAGCUGUGGAACGGUGAUAUUGACUCUGCAACCCGGGCUGUGCGAGAGCACCGGCCAUGCGCAGCGUGGUUGUUCGCGCCUCGUAACGGGCAGCCAGAGCUGGAUGAGUGGACCGAUGCUCUGCGGAAGGCUUCCCCGGGCAUACAGGUCUGGAUACAGGUCGGGACCCUCCAGGAAUCUCUCGAAGCCGCAAACAGCCGCUCUCGCCCGGAUGUGCUCGUUGUCCAAGGCGCGGAGGCAGGUGGCCAUGGCACAGCUGAGGGUGCGAUGGGACUCAUGACGUUAUUUCUUGAAGUUGCAGAUGCCGUACAUCGCUCCAACAUGCCUCUAUUCGCAGCUGGAGGAAUAGCGGAUGGCAGAGGGGUGGCUGCCGCCCUUGCUCUUGGUGCCACAGGCGUAGCCUUAGGAACUCGCUUCCUGGCCUCGACUGAGGCCCGCAUCAGCAAGGGUUAUCAACAGGAGAUUGUUCGGGCUACCGACGGAGCCAGUCACACAAUCCGUACCACCCUGUACAACCAACUCCGAGGCACGAAAGGAUGGCCAGAACGAUACAGUCCACGCGGUAUCGUCAACAAAAGCUGGCAUGACCAUCAAGCGGGCGUGCCAUUCGACGAGCUCAAGCGCCUUCACGAUGAUGCUGUUCAAGCUGGGGAUAGCGGCUGGGGCCCAGAUGGAAGGUUGGCUACGUACGCUGGUGCUGCAAUUGGGCUCGUGCAUAGCGUGGAAUCGUCGAGCGUGCUUGUGAACCGUUUGCAAACAGAGGCCUGUGAUGUUAUCAGGCGCCUGCCAGGGUCAUAGUCUUGCUGGAGUGUCUCAAUUGCGUCAUAACAAGAUUAGGAUUUUGUCCCUUCAAAUAAAAGCAAAGAGUGGCCUUCCCUCAUCGUUUUGUUCGGAAAAAUAUAUACUAAACAUUAAGUACUUUGAUUCCCGUCUCCAACACACGAGCAUACGCAACUAUGGGAUUUUGUUCUCCCCAUAACAAGCCCGCCAACGGGCCUAUGAAUAUCAUACAUUGCACACGUACAGUUCGGCACCACGACAGAUCGUUUCCCAACUGUGCGGCUGUUACUUUCCAACAAUGCCAAGACG